UUCACCCAGGCAGUCUUGGGAGGACACCAUGCAGUGCCUGGGGAUCCCGAGCUGCAGGCGGCCGAGCGUGAGCCGCUCCCGGGAGCUCUACCUGCAGGAGCAGAGUCGCAGGGUGGCUGCGCUCAAUGGGCAGAGGCUGGGGUUACAGGAUGACCAGGACCUCCAGGCUCUUCUGAAAGGCAGCCAGCUCCUGAAGGUCAAAUCCAGCUCAUGGCGGAGGGAACGCUUCUACAAGCUACAAGAGGACUGCAAGACCAUCUGGCAGGAGUCCCGCAAGGUCAUGAGGUCCCCGGAGUCCCAGCUGUUCUCCAUUGAGGACAUCCAGGAAGUAAGGAUGGGGCACCGCACAGAAGGCCUGGAGAAGUUUGCCCGUGACAUACCCGAGGAUCGCUGCUUCUCCAUUGUCUUCAAGGACCAGCGCAAUACACUAGACCUCAUUGCCCCGUCAUCAGCUGAUGCUCAGCACUGGGUGCAGGGCCUGCGCAAGAUCAUCCAUCACUCGGGCUCCAUGGACCAGCGGCAGAAGCUGCAACACUGGAUUCACUCCUGCUUGCGGAAGGCUGACAAAAACAAGGACAACAAGAUGAACUUCAAGGAGCUGAAGGACUUCCUGAAGGAACUCAACAUACAGGUGGAUGACAGCUACGCCAGGAAGAUCUUCAGGGAAUGUGACCACUCCCAGACAGACUCUCUGGAGGAUGAGGAGAUUGAGACCUUCUACAAGAUGCUGACCCAGCGGGCGGAGAUUGACCGUGUCUUUGCAGAGGCUGCAGGAUCUGCUGAGACCCUGUCAGUGGAGAAGCUAGUCACUUUCCUGCAGCAUCAGCAGCGGGAGGAGGCGGCAGGCCCAGCACUGGCUCUCUCCCUCAUUGAGCGCUACGAGCCCAGUGAGACCGCCAAGGCUCAGAGGCAGAUGACCAAGGACGGCUUCCUCAUGUACUUGUUAUCAGCCGAUGGCAGCGCCUUCAGCCUGGCACACCGCCGUGUCUACCAGGACAUGGACCAGCCACUCAGCCACUACUUAGUGUCGUCUUCCCACAACACCUACCUGCUGGAAGACCAGCUCACAGGGCCCAGCAGCACAGAGGCCUACAUCCGGGCUCUGUGCAAAGGUUGUCGCUGCUUAGAACUCGACUGCUGGGAUGGUCCCAAUCAGGAACCCAUCAUCUACCAUGGUUACACUUUUACGUCUAAGAUUCUUUUCUACGACGUGCUCAGGGCCAUCCGCGACUACGCCUUCAAGGCGUCCCCCUACCCCGUCAUCCUGUCCCUGGAGAAUCACUGCAGCCUGGAGCAACAGCAAGUGAUGGCGCGUCACCUGAAGGCCAUCCUGGGGCCCAUGCUGUUGGACCAGCCCCUGGAUGGGGUGACCAUGAGCCUACCCUCCCCUGAGCAACUGAAGGGCAAGAUCCUGUUGAAAGGGAAGAAGUUUGGAGGGCUGCUGCCUGCUGGAGGAGAAAAUGGACCCGAGACUACCGAUGUGUCCGACGAAGAUGAGGCCGCCGAAAUGGAGGACGAGGCAGUGCGGAGCCAAGUGCAGCAGAAGUCCAAGGAGGAUAAGCUAAAGCUGGCGCCGGAGCUCUCUGACAUGGUCAUUUACUGCAAGAGUGUCCACUUCGGUGGCUUCUCCAAUCCUAGCACCUCUGGGCAGGCAUUCUACGAGAUGGCUUCCUUCUCUGAGAACCGUGCCCUCCGGCUGCUUCAAGAAUCAGGAAAUAAUUUUGUCCGCCACAACGUGAGCCACCUGAGCAGGAUAUACCCAGCUGGUAGAAGAACAGACUCUUCCAACUACAGUCCCGUGGAGAUGUGGAAUGGGGGCUGCCAGAUUGUGGCUCUGAACUUCCAAACCCCGGGACCAGAAAUGGAUGUGUACCUGGGCCGCUUCCAGGACAACGGAGCCUGCGGGUAUGUGCUGAAACCUGCCUUCCUGAGAGACCCCGACACCGCCUUCAACCCCCGUGCCCUGACUCAGGGACCCUGGUGGGCCCAGAAGAGGCUCCGUGUCCGGGUCAUCUCUGGACAGCAGCUGCCAAAAGUCAACAAGAGUAAGAAUUCAAUCGUGGAUCCCAAGGUGAUAGUGGAGGUCCACGGCGUGGGCCAGGACGUAGCCAGCCGUCAGACCGCAGUCAUUACCAAUAAUGGCUUCAACCCAUGGUGGGACACAGAGUUUGAGUUUGAAGUGGCCGUGCCCGACCUUGCCCUCGUCCGCUUUGUAGUAGAGGACUAUGACGCCUCCUCUAAGAACGACUUUAUUGGCCAGAGCACCAUCCCCUGGAACAGCCUCAAGCAAGGGUACCGCCACGUCCACCUCUUGUCUAAGAACGGAGACCAGCAUCCAUCAGCUACCCUCUUUGUGAAAAUCUCCCUCCAGGACUAAGCCUGGGGAUUGGGUGAGAUCCACCCUGAGUGGGUCAAGCUGUGUCCACACCUUGGGCAAGGCCAGCUUUGUGUCGCCGACUGCUGAUGGGAGCUUUAGGCCCUGGACUGCCUUCAGCUCCAACACAUUGCCUGUGCUUCUGGCUCUCUGGGGACCCAGGCGCAGUCCAGUUCCCGCAGUGGCCCAAAAUUCCGUUAGGAACAACACUGCAGCCCUCUCCCUACCCUCUAGCUGUCUUUAGGUUGUUGAGUUUUUAUAAAAAAUCACAAGGUAAA